ACUGUCGCCUCGACAUCAUGACGAGUCUAUCUUCACAUCGACUUCUCUCUGCAUGACUUGGCAAUGGUGUUUAAUUAGUAAAACUUGUUUCUAAAAUGUCCCUACUGAAACAGAAAUUAUUCAAAUGGAAGGAGAAGCCGAAAAUACUCAAGACAGAAUGGCCAGAACUCGUGGGAAAGGAUGCAGAAGAAGCAACUACAGUUAUAGACAAGGAACAUCCAGGAUUGAAAAUUCAAAUUAUUCCUGAAAACAGUUUUGUCAUAAAGAAUUUGGAAGAGAAGCGAGUAAGGAUCUUUGUGGACAGAGAGCAAAUGGUCGUCAGGAUUCCAUGCAUUGGAUGACAAACAUUUAGUAACAGAAUUGAAAUUUUGCAUGGCUAGCUAGAGGGAAGUCAGCUGAAUAACUGAGUAAGCAGUGCUGUACUAAAAAUUUCUACGUCAGAUUUGUUGUCAGGGCACUGACUGUUACCAUUUGUUUCAAGUCCUAGUGCAUGCGUACAUCAGAGGAAUUCGAGACAAUAGAUUUCUGGUCCACAAAAGGGCUUGUGGAACAGUAGCUCUGACUCAAGUUUGUCAAGUCUGUCAAGUCUGUAGCAUUAAAGAUUCAUUUAUGUCUGUGGGCCAACUGUCUUUAAUUAUUAGUUCAAACACAGCUGGGAACACAUGACAAGGUUGUGUAAUAAACACUUUUUAUUCUCAACUUGCCUUUAUUGUUUUUGACAGAGCAUUAAAUGAUUACUUAGCAUAUUAUUAAUGAACUACCAAAGUCCUUGUUUUUUAGACAGACUGUAACAUAUAUAGAGUAACAUCAGCAACACAAAUUGCAUUGUUUAACUUGCUUUAUGAGAGAUUGACUGCAUGCUAUCGUGCACUACAUAUUGGAUACCAUAUCCAAGAUUUGGAGAGUCACUGUAAGGCUAACAGAAGUUAAUAUAUUUCUGCACCCUGUCUCUUGCAUAACAAUCAAUAAAAUACAUAUUUGAUCCUA